AUGUCGUCCAGCGCUGCUGCACCCGAGUGGCCUUCUAUCACAGAGGAUCACCCUAUUAACCAACUACUUAGGGCGCUUCCGUCGCUUAUCACGGCUGCCAACGGCUACAACGAGGCCAAGACGCAGCUGGGAGAGACACUCGAGUGGAGGAGCAGCUUUAAGCCUUUGGAGACGCUGGGUGAACAGUUCUCCAGGGACAUUUUCGGCGGCUUGGGCUACGUGAUCGAGAUCGAGGGCGUGUCUGGCAGCGAGAACAAGAAGGACGUCGUGACGUUCAACAUCUACGGAGCGGUAAAGGAUAACAAAGCCACAUUCGGCAACCUUGACCAGUUCUUGCGUUGGCGUGUGGCGCUCAUGGAGAAGGGUAUCCAGAAACUAAAGCUGAGUGAGGCAACAGCUCCCAUUCCCGACUACGGUGAGGGCCACGACCCAUACCAAGGAAUCCAGGUGCACGACUAUCUCAACAUCUCGGUCCUGCGUCAGGACCCGGACGUCAAGGUCGCCUCGCGGAAGACCAUCGACGUCUUCUCCAAGGUGUAUCCUGAGAUGUUGAGCCGCAAGUUUUUUGUCAACGUGCCGGUGGUCAUGGGCUGGAUGUUCACGGCUUUCAAGCUCUUCCUAUCGGCGGAAACUAAUCGCAAGUUUACGGUGCUGAGUUACGGCGAGGAACUUCACACCGAGCUGGGCGACAGUAUCCCCGAGGUCUACGGCGGCAAGGCAGCUCCGCUCGAUGCCAUCGGUGAGCAAACGCUGUAAGCAGAAGCAAGCUGAGCUACGUCUACUCCCUGUCGACACCCGCUCGUGCCUGAACCGACGUAUCCAGUUCUUAUGUGUGUAUUGUGAAAAAGGGUUGAUUUAUUAUC